AUGAGUGACUAUGAUACUUCGAGCAUUUCAAGUGAAGAAGAUGUUGAGAAUAAAGAAGAAACAUGUAAGCAAAACAUUUCAAAAAUAAAAAAUAAUACUGUCCGUUUGCCAGCAAAAGAAAACGCGCCCCGUCGCACUUUUUUCCUGCUGCCCCGACUUUUUUUUUGUUUUGAAAGUACCGAAAUUUUCUUUUUUUUGUGAUUUCGAGUUGUUUUAGAAUAAAAAAAAGUUCAUAUUUGAAUCGCCGCGCAACCUCCGCUGACGAACGGAAAAAUACAUUUUUUCAGCGCAACAAUGGGUUUAUCGACAUCUCGUUCAAUUUACAAAUUGCGAAGAUAUUUCUGCAAAAACACUGGUAAGUUUAUAUACAUUUCCAAUUUUUUCCAAAAAUUUUUCAGGUUGAUGGAGAUUGCUCUCCUCUCAUUCAAUUGUUAACGGAUAUGACUCAAACGAAAACUUUAUUUAUAACUGUAACUAAACCAGUGCAAGCAGAUUUGUCGACUGUGAGUUUUGUAUCAAAAACAUUUGUAGAUUCUGAUUAUAAUCAUUUUCAGACAGUUGUCGAACCCCCACCGGCACCCGUAGUUCUUCCACCGAAAAAAGUGAAGAGUCAGAAAAAAUUGAAAAAGCCAAAAAGACGAAAAAAGAGAAAAUUGAAGAAGAAGGGUAAAGAGGAUAAGAAGGGUAAAAAAUCGAAGAAGGACAAGAAAAACGACGUGCCUUUGAUUCCUGAGCCAGUUUUGAUAACCAUGGAUAAUGUGCCAGAUAUGAUUUUUGAAUGGAUAUCAGAACAGGAAAUCCCAAAUGCAGAUCAAUUUCUAUUUUUUAUUCCAAAAAGCAAGGUUCCAAAUACUGAAGCUAGUUUGGAUGAGUUAUAUCAUGUUGGAUAUAUUAGAAAUCAACGACAUCUGAAGGUAUAUGCACAGUUUUUUUUAUUUGUGUAAAUCUUUCUCUUCAGGCAGCAUUGAAAUGCUUGGAAAAAGUUUUUCGAGAAAAGUUAACCUAUGCCAUGAAAAUUUAUCUUCUCUUGCAAAUCAAUGGCAUCGAUGAUUUGAAAAUUCCAAAAGAUUUGGUUUUUGAGAAGUUUGUGAUUUUAUUUGAUACUCGAUGACGAAAUCCUCAAUUUGUUUUAUUCAGGUUCAUAAUUGACAAUAUUUCGAGAAAUUAUAACAUUGAUGGGCGAAUCAGAAAUAUCGAAUCUGAUGCAAGAUCAAUAACAUUGAUUCUUUCUCAAACACUUCAAGCAUUUUGCAAUUUACCAGAUUCAACAGAUCGUGCUCGUUUACUCAUACAACUUUCAUUCUAUGACAUUGAAUUUCUCAGCGAAUUUCCUGAAAUACAUGUUACAUGUAGGUUUUACUUUAGAUUUUUAUUUGUCAUAUCAAAGCAUUUUUCAGCUGCAAGAUUCGAACAAGCACUCGAUCAUAUGUCCCUUCUCCAAUUUUUAUACAAAGAAGAAGUGACAGAAUGGAAUCGAAAAACCUACUUAUAUCUUUUGGACCUGUUCUCAACAAUAUUGGCACAUGAAAUCACAAGAAAAUCAAAUUUUAUGACAAACUAUGCUCCGGAGAAAAAAGUCGGACCAAUAUGUGCAAGUUUCAAGAAAGUUGUACAAAAGUUUGUGUCGUAAGUUUAUUUCAUAAAAAAAAGACAAAAAAACAGAAUGGUUAUAGUAAUAAGAAGUGAACCGGGAAAAUUUUCGAGGAAAUAACUAACAGGAAUGUUACUAUGGAGGGAAGUUGUGGAAAAUGAGGGUUUAUCUAUUUAAAAUUCACUUUUUCUUGAAAACUCCUAGGAAAACAACAUCGUCAUCGUUGUCUUCGAUUUUAAUUUCUUCUGCAACAUCAUCAUUUCCAACAACGUCCACGAUCUCACUAUCUCUCUAGAAUCCAAAAUUUUUUAAUUGAAAUACAAAAAUUAUCUUACCUGAUCGUUUGAAAAGGGAUCAACAGGUGGCUCUUCUUCAACUGUAUACAUUGUUUGAUAUGGAAGUUGGCAGAAAAAGUUAUUGGGAACGGGGUUGUGAUGUGGUGGAACUGGAGCUAGAGGCAUUGGGUAAUUCUGAAAUAUAUUUUUUGAGAAGAAACCUCAAAGAUUCAAAAUUUCGCUAUUAAUUCAGUCUAUUUUUUCCCCAGAUUUUUUAACAACUUCCACUCUUAAAAUCCUUUCUCACCAUGCUUGAUAGUAACAUGUUGAACAGAGCCAUAUUCAAAUUUGCUUUGAUCUGAUUUUGUUGAGAAUAAUAAUUAUAUGACUGGAAAGUUCCAUUCAAAAUGUUUUCAAUACUGAAUAAAUGUCCCCCGUUCAUGUUAGCAUUGGCAGUUUGAUAUUGUGGCUCUAAUACAGGACUGACUGGUGCCACGAGUGGCGAAUCUCUCAAUAAAAGUUGUUCGAAAGGUCUUUGCGCAUUGGUUUCAUCAUCUUCAUAACUUGGAGAUGUGUUGCUAUUGUUGUUUUCACCACUCAUUAUCUAAAAACAAAACUUAUUUUAUUAUUUUACAGGGUAUGUCGAGAAAUAUUCGAAACACAAGAAGAUUGGGCAGCAACAAAUAAAGUAUCCUUCUCAUUUUAUAUUGUUGGAAUAUUAGAGGAAGAAAUUGACGUGAGUGUGUUUUAAAUUUUUUUCCUCAUAAUCAAACUAUUUUGAAAUUUUUUAAUCGAUAUUUUGUUAAGAAAAAUUUAAGAAUAGAAAUCUUGAAUGCUUUCCAGCUUCUAGAACUCACAAACUUAAGAGGUGAAAAAAAACUAAAAUUAUUCUCAAACAGAAAGAAAAAAUGUGACUAAAAUAGAAAGAGCUUGAUUUGGACUGCUGAAACCACAAAUUUUGUUAUUUAUUUGUAUAUAAACGACAUAUUUUUGUAGUUUUAGAGGGGUGAUUAUUGGAUAUCUCUGCAUAUUUUUUAAUUAAAAAAUUUGCAUAAAAAAUGAGAAGGGAUUAUACGAAACAAGUUUCGAGAAAUUACUUUUGGAAUUUCGAAUAAUUGUACAAAUUUGAUUGUUUAUAGAACGUAAUUUUACACCAAUGAAAGUGGAGUCUGAGAUGGAAAUAGUUUAGGAUAUUUAAAAUGAGCAACAACAUUUUUAGAACCCGGUAAAUAGUGAAACACCGUUUAAAACGUCUUUUCUUGAAUUUUUGCGUGUUCAUGUGGCUUUUCAUAACCUGGAAACAUACAUUUGAAUUCGAAUUUGUUCCUAGAUAGCGAUAUUCCACUCACAGUCAGUCUCUACCUAUUUUUUAAAUUUUUAAAUUUAUUUUAUAAUGUUUUAGUAACUCCCUGUAGAAAACCUGUAGGGAAUAUUUUGAUACAAACAUAAAAUACUUUUCUCCGAAAAGUGAUUCCACUACCAAUCUACAUAAUUUCAGAGUAUAAUCGAAAAAGUGGAAGAAAUGAACAGCGAAUCUCGAGACAUGAGUCUGGAUCGUAGUGCUAUUCACGCGACAAAAGUUAUUCUUUCUGAGCUAGAUGUUUAUUUACAAGAGGUAUGUUUUCUCCAAAAAUGGUAUGCAAAAACAAAAAUUGUGAGAAGCGAUACAAUUUUGCUUCUUUUCUUUUGUUUUUGCACAAAUAAGAUGUGAUUUUAUGUUAAUCUGAUUAUGUUAAUUUUUUUGUAGAAAUGUCUCGAAUCUGCAGUCGAAAGUGGAAAUUUGGAAUCUUUGCGAAGUUUAGCAGCAACAAUCGUCAAACAUAAUCGUCGACUUGAACGAGUUGUAGCCCUCUAUUAA